AUGAAACACUAUUUAUUUUUACAAACACACAUGAAGUCUUUUCAGUUUCCCUAAGUGUCCUUCGGCUUUAACGGUGCUGAUCAGUGAAAAGAUAAAAAGCUCAACGGAACACAUCAAAACCACAGUAAACGUCAGCGGGUGAUGAUAAGUUAGAACUCAGUAGCAACAACCACAUUUAAAGCUACAGGGCUUGAGCGUCUGAUACUACAAACCCCAGAGUUCCCAAGGGCGCGGGCGGAGCUACUCUCAAAUUGAUAGCUAUUUCAGCCAAUGACACAGCCACACACAAAAAAAGGGCAUGAAGGACAGGUUUCUUUGCGUUCCAACACUGAAGUCAUUCUUAGAAGUUCUGAGAGUAUGUGGGUAUUUCAGGGCCCUAUUAAGUAUUUCUUAUUCGCAGUAGAAGUCUCCUCGUCACCAUAAGAAUUCUCUACUCGAAUUUGGCCCAGUGGAAGUUACAGCGUCUAAAAGCAGAAAGGAACUCACGUUGCCCGACGUCAACGGAAGGACUCAGUCGCCCGAGGAAGAGGCGGAACCCACUUUAUUCUUGUCAUUUAUUGGCCACGCAGCCAGGAGACACAACCUUCGUCACAACCAAUGAGUCGUUGAAACUUCCUUUAACGAACCGUAAAAGGGGAGGUCCCGUGCGGCGCUUUACGGAAACUGGGCCUACGCACGCGCAAACGUCCUGCUUUCGUCCAAUCCGCAGGGAGGCUGGCUCUUGGCAAUUCGUCGCCCCUCCCCACCCCUCAUCUUUCCCUUUCCCCGCCUCUCUGCGGCUGACCAAUGCUCUGCAUUUUCCUUUGCUCGUUUACCCUAUCAGAGAGGUAGGGGGUGGAUUUCCGGUCGUCAGCUGCGCACCGAGGCUGAGCUCGCGUUUCUUCCCGCGCGCGUUGUGGGCUUGCAGUUGAGAGAGAGAGCAUGAGCAGGGAGAGAGGCAGAGGGAGAAGCAGGCUCCCCAGUGAGCCAGGAGCCCGACGCGGGGCUCAAUCCCAGGACCCCGGGAUCAUGACCCGAGCCGAAGGCAGACGCUUAACCAUCUGAGCCACCCAGAUUUUACUACGCUUGGAUGCUACUCCUGACAUGGAGAAGAUUGAGGAACAGUUUGCUAAUCUGAACAUUGUUAAACGUUCCUCAGAAACUAAAGAGCCUACUUAUUUGCUUGGUAUAGAUACAUCAAAAGCUGUACAAGCAGAAAAAGAAAACUUGGUUGCUGUUUUAUGUUCUAAUGGAUCAAUCAGAAUAUAUGAUAAAGAAAGGCUAUACAUACUACGAGAAUUUAGUGGAUAUCCUGGACUUCUUAAUGGAGUUAAAUUUGCAAAUUCUUGUGACAGUGUAUAUUCAUCAUGCACCGAUGGCACUGUAAAGUGUUGGGAUGCUCGAUUAGCCAGUGAAAAACCUGUCCAGCUGUUCAAGGGUUACCCUUCCAAUAUUUUUAUUAGUUUUGAUAUCAACUGUAAUGAUCAUGUCAUUUGUGCUGGUACCGAAAAAGUGGAUGAUGAUGCAUUGUUGGUAUUUUGGGAUGCAAGAAUUAAUUCUCAGGAUUUGUCUACUACCAAAGACCCACUUGGAGCAUAUUCAGAGACUCAUAGUGAUGAUGUCACUCAAGUGUGCUUCCAUCCCAACAAUCCCAACAUGGUAGUCUCGGGUUCAACUGAUGGCCUGGUAAAUGUAUUUGAUAUUAGUGUUGAUAAUGAAGAAGAUGCACUGGUUACAACCUGCAACUCCGUUUCAUCAGUAAGCUGUGUUGGUUGGUCUGGGAAGGAUUAUAAACAGAUUUACUGCAUGACACAUGAUGAAGGAUUUUGUUGGUGGGAUCUUAAUCAUCUGGAUACUGAUGAACCAAUUACAUGUUUGAACAUCCAGGAUGUCAGAGAAGUAGUUAAUCUGAAAGAAGGUAUUUUGGACUAUUUAAUUGGUGGCCUAUAUCAUGAAAAAAUGGACAAAUUGUUUGUUGUUGGAGGAACAAACACAGGAAUUAUUCACUUGAUGAGCUGCAGUAUAUCAGGAUUGAUCCAUGUGACCAGCCUUCAUGGAGGGCAUGCUGCUACAGUCCGUUCUUUCUCUUGGAAUAUGCAGGAUGAUUCUAUGCUAACCGGAGGAGAAGAUGCACAGUUGUUACUUUGGAAACCUGGAGCAAUAGGGAAGACAUUUACAAAGAAAGACAGCAUGAAAAUAGCAUCCUCUGUGUCCCAGCGAGUUCGAGUUCACAGUAAUGAUUCUUACAAGAGAAGGAAAAAGCAGUGAUGUUAUGUUGGGAGUUUACUUGAGGGGUUUUAUAGUUUCAAGUAGUUAUUUUUGUGUACUACCUGUGAUAGAUAUGUUUAAAGCUCAUAUGUAAAAACAAGCCAGUUAGCAAACAAUCCUGGAAAAAUGUUGAAAAUGGUUUAAUUCAGGUCUUCAUGUAUUCUAAAAUUAUUUUUUUUAAAGCUGCCAGUUGAGUAUAUAAUCAGUGAGUUGAAAGUAAAAUUACAUUCCUCAUUUUUAAAACCCAUCUGUUGAGUUAGUAAAUGUUGGGUUUAAAGAAAUAGCUUUGAUAAGGACUUUUUAGAAGUAGAUGGCUGGUGUGACUUUAAAAAAUCAGGUGGUUUGAGCUAUGUUUUUUAAAUUCAGGUUUUUUUUACAUUUUAAAUCAUCUUCAUUAUUUAUAAAAUCAAAUCAGACUGUUUUCUGUAGGAGCUCCCACUUGCUUAAUACACAUAGAUUAUGUUGGAGUAUUUAAAUGUAAAUAUUCUAAUGAUUCUAAAUAGAACUAAAGUUUUUUAGAAAUAAAAUGAUUUGCAUCUAUUUAAGAAAAAUAUAUUUAGUAUAUAUUUGCAUCUAUCUGCCUGGAUAGAUUUUUUUUUUUUUAAGUAGCGUCCACGCUCUCAGCAUGGAGCCCAAUGUGCGGGACUUGAACUCACAACCCUGAGACCAUACCUUGAGCUGAGAUCAAGAGCCAGAUGUUUAACGGACUGUGCCACCCAGGUACCCCUAUUUGCAUCUAUAUUUUUAAACAGUUAAAAAUAAGCAAAUAUUUCAUUGAUGAAAAGGAAAUUAUCUUGCAAAUUCAAAGGGAUCUUGAGAUUCAAAGGGAAUAUACAAAAACAGAAGUAUUUAUAAUAGCAGAAUGACUUUUUAUUUCAAAAUAUUCUACUAUUUUAUGAUAAAAUUUUCUUUCAUGGUGUUUCAUCUAUAAUUUUAAACUUAGGUGCCCCUGGGGAGUGGGGGCCAUGCAGGAGGUGCUGCUGGAGAAAGAACACCAUAAUUUUAAACUUGAAUUUUUGUUUACUGCCGGUUUUUUCAUCCUUACUGUUAAAUAUUUUUCCAAAGAAUCUUUUUUUUUUUUAAAGAUUUUAUUUAUUUAUUUCACAGAGAGAGACACAGUGAGAGAGGGAACAGAAACAUAGGGAGUGAGAGAGGGAGAAGCAGGCUUCCCGCGGAGCAGGGAGCCCGACGUGGGGCUCGAUCCCAGGACUCUGGGAUCAUGACCUGAGCCAAAGGCAGACACUUAACGACUGAGCCACCCAGGCACCCCUCCAGAGAAUCUUAAUUAAAAAGUUGGUCACUCGGGGUGCCUGGUGGCUCAGUCGGUUAAGCAUCUGACUCUCGAUUUUGUCUCAAAGUUGUGAUCUCAGGGUUGUGAGACUGAGCUCCACAAUGCUCCAUGCUCAGAGCAGAGUCUGCUUGUCCCUCUCCUGCACCUCCCCAACUCCUGCAUGUGCUCUCUCUCUCUUUCUCUCAAAUAAAUAAAUAAAAUCUUUUUUAAAAAAGUUGGUCACUCUAAAGGUUUGGUAUGUUUUCUUAUGUUUAAUUACAAAUAAAAAUAUCUUCUUAUAGAUAAGAAUAUAUAAAGAUACUGUAAAACAUUUUUAUCUUUUGAACUAAAAAUAUUGUCAUGAAAAAUACAAACAUUACUUUAGAACCUUUUACAUUUCUCUUUAAAUGUUAAUGACUUAUCUCUGAGACCAUAGCACUAGGGGGAAAUAGUAUUCUAUAGCACAAUGCAACUUACACAUAGGUAUGAUCUAGCUUCACUCACUUGAGAGGGAAUAAUAGUUAAGUCACUGUUAAACAUACUCAAAAUAAAGAAUUCUCUUUUUUUUUUAAUAUUUAUUUAUUUAUUUUAGAGAGAGAGAGCAUGAGCAGGAGGGGCAGAGGGAGAAGGAGAGAAUCUCUAGCAGACUUAAUACUGAGCGGGGAGCCCGAGGCGGGGCUUGAUCUCAUGACCCUGAGAUCAUGACCUGAGCUAAACUCCAGUUAGAGGCUUAACCAACUGAGCCACCCAAGUGCCCCUCAAAAUACGUAAUUCUUAUUUGAAAAGAUUCACCUGUUCUUGCUGUUGUUCAAAUCAUGAACUUGAGGUUAAUUCUGGAUUUUUUUCUUUUCUCCUAUUUAGUGAUCACCAAGUCCUGUGCCACUCCACCUCCCAGAAUCUGUCUGCUGUUUCUUUGCCUUUACCCCCCCCACUAGUGCCUUAGAUAAGAUUUUCAUCAUUUCUCUCCUAGAUUACAGACCCUGGCUCUAAUCUGCUCCAAUUCAUUCUUCCCACUAUUUCUAGGCUGAACGUAGAAAACAGAUUUGAUAAUGUCUCAUGCUGCUUAAAAUCUUUGGUACAUUUUGAUCUUUUGAUGGAGCACUAUGUAAAAAUGAAAAACCAUGUUUUUAAGAUACUUAGGAUAUGAGAUAAUGCUGACUAUGUAAGUAGAAAAGCUGUAUAAAAAGACUUGGAGACAUUGCAUUUAUAAAACAACAGGAAAUGAGACAGUUACCAAAACAGUAAAACUUUCAAAAAUAUUUAAAAUUUAAAAGUAAUUAAUGGGGGUGCCUGGGUGGCUUAGAUGGUUAAGUGUCUGCCUUUGGCUCAGGUCAUGAUCCCAGGGUCCUGGGAUCGAGUACCGCAUCGGGCUCCCUGCUCAGCGGGGGGCCUGCUUCUCCCCCUCCCUCUGCUUCUCCCCCUGCUCAUAUUCUCUCUCUCUCUCUGUAUCUCUGUGUCUCGAAUGAAUACAUAAAAAAAAAAAAAACCUUUAAAAGUAAUUAAUAGAGGGCACCUAGGUGGCUCGGUAAGUUGGGUGUCAGACUCUUGAUUUCGGCUAGGGCAUGAUCUCAGGGUUGUGAGAUCAAGCCCUGUGUCGGGCUCCCUGCUGAGCGUUCUUUCUCUCCCUCUCCCUCUGCCCUUUCUGCCCUUCUCUCUCCCUCCUCCUGCCCCCCCCAAAAGUAAUUAAUAGAGUUGGAAGAUGCAGGUGAGAAAAUACCUUUGAAAGUAGACCUCAAAGAGAGAGAGUGAGAGAAAAAAUUAAAGCCACAGAAGAUAAAUAUAGGGGUCUAAUAUCAGAUUAUCAGUUUUUACAAUGUGAGAAAAAAUGUAGUUUGGAGUUGUAAUGAAAUACCAUUAGAGGCUAUCCCCAGAACUCCAGUCUUCAGAUUGAAAGGCCCAACAGUGUCAAGUAUAAUAAAUGAAAAAGACCCACACCAAGGCAUAGUACUCUGAAGUGUCAGAACUCCAAGAACAAAGAGAAAAUUUUAAAAAUUUCCAAAGGAAGGCGGGGGGGAAGCAAUCACUUAGGUACAAGGAUAACAUGUGAAUUAGACUCUUCAUUAGUAAAUCUGGAUGACACAAAAUGGUGAAUCAAAGUUCCAACUUCUGAGGACAAUUUCCUGCUAUCUGAACUUAAGCUCUUCAAACUCACGAAGCAAAUAGAUGGCAAUAAAUUUUUUGAGACAUCCCUUGCUCAGUGAACGUUUUUUCCUUGCUCUCUGAAACUCAGGAACCAAAUUUAUUUCCCUAACAGAAUAUCCAUUGCUAACCACACUCAUUGGCCACUGAGGAAUUUAAAAAUUUGGAUUUUAGGAGAUAAUUGCUUUUCAACCUUUAAUUCUAUAGGUCAAAUUGCCCUCACAUGUGAGGUUUAAAACUUUACUUUCUAUGCAGCUUUUGAAAAAGGAUACUGGAGGAUGUACUCUACAAAGAAUAAAGGAGUAAAUCAAGGAAGACAAGAGAUACCAGGAAUCAGGGCACCAACCCAGCACAGUGGCAGGCUAACAGCUUUGCAGCAGGCCCACAGUAUUCAAUCCAGGUUGGAACAAGAGGACAUGAGCUAUCAGGAGGGAGAUGUCCAGGGAGAAAAGUGAACUUGACAGGUUUCCCAAUGCAUCUGACCAUGUGGAAAAUAGAAUAAGUGCCUUAAACCCACCAAUUAAAAGAGACCCUCCUAUUAAAAAUCAUUUAAAAAGACAAGUUUUUAAAAGAUUAAAAAUAGGGAUGCCUGGAUGGCUCAGUUGGUUAAGCAUCUGCCUUCGGCUUGGGUCAUGAUCCCAGGAUCCUGGGAUCAAGUCCCACAUUGGGCUCCCUGCUCAGUGGGGAGCCUGCUUCUCCCUCUGCCUGCCGCUCCCCCUGCUUGUGCUUGCUCGCUCUUUCUCUCUCUCUGACAAAUAAAUAAAAUCUUAAAACAAAAAAAUUAAAAAUAAGUAAAUUCACUUAAAGACCUAGGUUAAAAAAAAGUAAAGGAUGAGGAAAGGUAUUACCAACCCACAGAAUGGGAGAAAAUAUUUGCAAAUAAUAGAUAAGAACUUGCAUUCAAAACAUAUUUUUAAAAUGUUACCACUCAAUAAUAAGAGAAAGCAAUUUUUGAAAUGAUCAAGGAUCUGAAUAGACAUUUCUCCAAAGAAGAUACAGAAAUGGUUAGUGAACACACACAAAAAGAUGCUUAACAUUAUCAGUCAUCGGGAAAAUGCAAACCAAAACCACAAUGAGAUACCACUUCACACCCACUGGGAUGGCUAUAAUCAAAAAAAUGUUGGUGAGCUUAUGGAGAAAUUGAAAGUUUCAUACACUGCUCUGCUGUUAGGAAUGUAAAAUAGUAUAGCUACAGUCUGGCCAUUCCUUCAUAGUUGCUGUUUGAUCCAGCCGUUCCAAAUUAGGUAUAUGCUGAAGAGAAUUGAAAGCAUAAGUCCACAUAAGAAC